CUAAGCAGUGUUUCUCCACUCUCUCCAUCUUUCCCUGUGUUGCUUCAGGCUCCGGCAUCUCAUAAUGACACAGAAUGAUGGAGCACAAGGACUUUAUGAGCCUGGCUGUGUACUGGAACUCCUCUGACAUUUACCAGUUCAGCACUGCCAGGGUCAUUGUCUCUGUGGUCUUCUUUCUUAUCUUCCACCUGCACACAGUGGGCAAUAGCCUAGUGCUGGCAGUGCUGCUGUGCAACAGACAAAUGGGCCACAACACUAUCAACCUCUUCAUCUUCAACCUCAGCCUGGCUGACUUCUUCAUUGUCUUCUGCGUGCCUUUCCAGGCCACCAUCUACUUCCUUGAGGGCUGGAUCUUUGGCUCCUUCAUCUGUAAGGCUGUCCACUUCUUCAUCUACCUCGCCAUGUAUGCUAGCAGCUUUACCCUGACUGCCAUCUCUGUGGACAGGUACCUGGCCAUCUGCUAUCCACUGCUCUCCCAGGAGCUACGGACCCCCCACAAUGUAGUGGCUGCCAUGGCUGUGAUCUGGGGCCUCUCUGUGGUCUUUGCUGGGCAAGUAAGCUACUAUGAUUUGACUGAGUGGGAGUCCAGCUACAUCUGCAUGCCUGGCUGGGAGGAGUGGAGACGCAAGGUCAUGGACACCAGCACAUUUGCCUUUGGCUACGUCAACUACAGCAUCUGUGGACAGCAGUGGAGGACACCUGGAGGAAACUUUCCUAGUUGA